AUGAAGCUUUCCGCAGUAUUCCUUGCUCUCAUUCCUUUUGUUUUUGCAGACGUUCAUAAGAUCAAACUAGAGAAAGUUCCUCCCUCACUUCCCAAUCCUGACCUUGAGGUUCUACACCUUGCAAACAAGUAUGAAUCCUCUUCUCAGACCCCUCUCAUGGGUGCUGGAGGGCAGGGAAGGCGCUUCAGGCAAGGUGACUUGUACUGGACACAGGAAAUGGCCAAAGGUGGCCAUAACGUGCCCCUUAGUAACUACAUGAAUGCACAAUACUUCUCGGAGAUCUCUAUUGGAACACCCCCGCAGUCGUUCAAAGUCGUAUUGGACACAGGUUCUAGCAAUCUUUGGGUCCCGAGCAAGAAAUGCACAUCGAUUGCUUGCUUUUUGCAUACCAAAUACGAUUCCUCAGCAUCCUCUACGUACAAAGCGAAUGGUACCGAAUUCGAGAUCCAUUAUGGUUCCGGGUCGAUGGCCGGCUUCGUUUCCAAUGACAUAGUCGCCAUUGGUGACCUCAGCAUUACCAAUCAAGAUUUUGCUGAGGCAACCCAAGAACCAGGUCUCGCAUUUGCAUUUGGAAAGUUCGAUGGCAUCCUAGGCCUUGGAUACGACACUAUCGCCGUCAAACACAUGACACCACCCUUUUACAACAUGAUCAACAAGGGACUACUUGAUAAACCUGUCUUUUCCUUCCGCCUCGGCGUAUCAGAGGCAGACGGGGGUGAAGCGAUUUUCGGUGGUAUCGAUAAAUCUGCCUACAAAGGCGAUCUCACAUAUAUACCUGUCCGUCGCAAGGCGUACUGGGAAGUUGAACUGGAGAAGGUUGCAUUUGGCGAAGAUGAACUGGAGUUGGAGAACACUGGUGCUGCUAUUGAUACCGGAACCUCCCUCAUCGCUCUCCCCACUGAUAUGGCAGAAAUGCUUAAUGCCCAGAUUGGUGCAAAGAAGAGCUGGAAUGGACAAUACACGGUCGAUUGCAACAGGGUCGCCUCCCUUCCUGCACUGACACUCACUUUCGGUGGCAAGCCUUUCCCCCUCAAAGGCACCGAUUAUAUACUUGAAGUACAGGGAACUUGCAUCUCCUCCUUCACUGGCUUAGAUAUGCCUGGGUCUCCAUUGUGGAUCAUUGGCGACGUCUUCCUUCGACGUUAUUACACUGUGUACGACCUUGGAAGAAAUGCUGUUGGUUUUGCCGAAGCUGCUUAA